AUGACAACUCUUGCGGAGAAGAGAAGUCUGGCGUUGGCAAAAGCGCAAGCCUUCGUCAGGAAAAGAAAAGCAGAGGCACCACUGAAAAGCGAGAAUGGUGAUGAAAAGGAAACGAAUCCCGAGGACGAAAAUCCUAUUCGACCCAGUUCGUUCGGGCUCCGACCUCACUUCUCAACGUACGGUUUUCACAUUGUUGUUAUGAUAACCACAUGUUUUGUUCGACGUUUGCAGAAUCUGCGAUUUUUCGGAUGUUCGCUAAUACAGGAAGGUGCAGUGCUGUUGAAAUUGCCUCAGGUUGCCGCUGCUACUGGACAAAUAUUAUUCCAGCGAUUCUAUUAUCUUAAAAGCUUCCUUAAAUUUAGAUAUGAGCACACUGUGAUGGCGUGCCUGCUUCUUGCCUCAAAAAUUGAGGAAGAACCACGCCGAACCAGAGAUGUGUACAACACUUUCUACCGUUUAGAACAGCUUCAUAAGCUGAGGGAAUCAGGACGAGUCAUCAACGAGUGA